AGAAGGAGCGUUCCACUGCAAGCAUUGCACAACUGCUGCACGACUGGAACUAGCUUCACAAAACAUGGACGCUGCCACCGACGACAAUUGGGCUUGCCCCGAAUGCACUCUACUCAACAAACUCUUGGCUGAAGCGUGCGAAGCGUGUGGCGCCACGAGCCCCCUCGUCCUAGCCGCGCUCGCGGCGCAGUCCGAGUCGACCGAGCGUGAGCGAAAAGAUUCGGAGGAAUCCAAUUCGUCGUCCCGGCCAUCGCGUGGGUCAUCCAUGGACGAAGACUACAAGAAAGCCGUCGACUUGGACCCGUGGUCCCAGGCCGAAGACGAAUGGGCUCGAGUCGAAGCGACCCAAGCCACGAAGACAACCAAGCCGCGAAAAUAGACGCGCACGCCUUCUUUUUUAGCGGUGGAAACGUGGCAGCAUUGCCGCCUUGAACAACUUACUUGGCUACACACCACCCACCAAUGCAUGCUGCGUCUCGGGUGACCUGGUUGAAUGACAGGGACUGUAACACUAAGCCCACAUUACUUUAACCACCGACCUAGCCUGGUCGGGUAGGAUAAAGUCUUGCUGCGUCGAGUCGUGAUAAUCGAUUUCGUAGAUGCCACGAG